GUCGCUCGGACGUGAACUCGGGGUCCAAAAUGCUUUUCCGUCCAUUGGAGUGAGAAAUGACCCGCCUUUUCUCUCUUGCUCACAGAGUCGCUUUGGCCACUGUGAGGUACAGUCGCUGCGGCUGUGGGGGGUUCGGAAUGUUCUAUGCCGUGAGAAGGGGCCGCAAGACCGGGGUUUUUCUUACUUGGAACGAAUGUAGAACACAGGUGGACCGGUUUCCUGCUGCCAGAUUUAAGAAGUUUGCUACUGAAGAUGAGGCCUGGGCCUUUGUCAGGAACUCUGUAAGCCCUGAUGUUUCAGAAGUUCUGGACAAAGCAGAAUUCAGGGAGAGGCAGAUUGCUGUAGGAGUCCACCCCCGAAGGACCUCACCUCAGUGUGUAUCCACUUUACCCUCCAUCUUCCCAGCGGCUUUUACAGGAGGCUCCAGAGUGACAGUUCUGUUUCUACCCAGAUGGGGAAAGCAGUUUGGGACAGAAAGCAAGUUCGAAAGACAGAAGAAUCAACGUGUGCAAGAACCUCAGCUGAAAGCAAACAAGCGGCCCCGUGAGUCCCCGAAUGAUGAGGAAGAUGAAAACACAGAGCCGUGUGUGAAGCAUCUAAAACAAAAUACAGAAUCCGUCCCUUCAGUUAGCAAAGACACAUUUUCUUAUAUGGGAGAAUUUGUGGUGGUUUACACUGACGGCUGCUGCUCCAGUAAUGGACGGAAAAGGGCACGAGCAGGAAUUGGCGUUUAUUGGGGGCCAGGCCAUCCUUUAAAUGUAGGCGUUAGACUUCCUGGACGACAAACCAACCAAAGAGCAGAAAUUCAUGCAGCCUGCAAAGCCAUUGAACAAGCAAAGGCUCAAAACAUCGAUAAGUUGGUUCUCUAUACAGACAGUAUGUUUACUAUAAAUGCUAUAACUAAUUGGGUUCAGGGUUGGAAGAAAAAUGGAUGGAGAACAAGCACAGGGAAAGAGGUAAUCAACAAAGAGGACUUUGUGGAGCUUGACACACUUACCCAGGGCAUGGAUAUCCAGUGGAUGCAUGUUCCUGGUCAUUCAGGAUUUAUAGGCAAUGAAGAAGCCGAUAGAUUAGCAAGAGAAGGAGCUAAGCAACCCGGAGACUGAACGAAGUGGUUUUAAUCUUGGGAGCAUGAGUCAGUGGCUGUUUCCUUACUUUCACUUAUUGGUACGGAAAAUGAAAGACUGUAGGAUGGACUAUUGCAAUAGAUGCGACAGGCACAGUGUUUGAACCAAACCAGAAAGGCAGUGUGGCUGUCUCUGAAAUACAGUUGGAUUGAAAAGUGGUUAGAUGUAUAAUAAAUUGGCCAUGCUUUGAGAUGUCAGAAUUAUGCUUAUUGGGUUCAAUACUAUUGUCAUUUAUCUUAUUGGAGUGUGAUCCAAUUUUUUAUUUUAAUAAAGAAUGAAUAAACCUUGGUUUAAAAAUGCAGACAAGAAGUAUAGAUAUGGAGUCUCAUGAUUUUAAGGUUGAUCUGAGCCUUUGUGCAGAUUUAGCUCUUGGCAGGUGCAGCCCCAUGGCGGGACGCAAAGCUUAGCAGACAGCGUGAGCUGGGUCUCAGCUGACACUCUCGUAUGGGCCGUAACCUGCACGUAGGUAGCUCCGGCUGUUAGACCAUAAUAGAGGAAUGAUUACAGCUUUUAAAGACCCAGAUGGUAUAAAUAAAUCUUUUAAAAAUUUCUUCAGAUGUUUUUGUCAAAAACACUGCAAGUUAAAAAAAGUUUGAAAUGAUCGUUUAUUUUUAAACCUAUUUAUUGUAAAAUAAAAACAGAAAAACCACACGAGACAACUGUAUAGCUUGUUAAAUUUUUAUUAUUGUAAAGUGAAUACCCUUGAAACUGCCACCCCGGUCACCUUGACAGCCACCCCAGUGGCUCUCCAACUGCCCCAUCUCAUCCCAGCCCCCACUGUCCCAUCAGGAGUAACCAUUAUCCUCAUUUCUAUAGAAAUGGCUUCCUUGUGUUUCCCUUGGCACUUCAGUCUUACUCACUUUUUGAAAAACUUGAUGUGUCUUAUGUCUUCAGUCUCUUCUAACCCACAGCUUUCUUCUCCAUCCGUUUGUCCUGUAGUUCUUCACAUGGUACAGUUAAACCUUUUCUUUUGUCCUCUGUUAUUUCCUGCGACUUGGCAGCUGGGUCCAGAAGCUUCAUCAGACUCAGGUUCCAUAUCUUUGGCAAGACUAUCAGUGCUCGUCCUUGAAUUUUAUGAGUAGGCAUAUGUCCGAUUUUCAUCUUCGUUGAUGUUGGCAGUUGCUAAUGCUCAUUACCUAAAUCCAUUCAUUAGGAUUUUCAAAAUGGUGAUACUCUAAUUCUGUGAUUUCAUUUGUGUUUAUUAGCCAGAAUAGUUUUAUAAGUUUACUCUUUCUAAUUCUCAUAUUCUAGUAGUUUGGGAGCAAGGAGGAUCAGACCACUCAGUAAAAGUUCCCUUUUCAUUUAGUGUGAUGAAUUGGCACUCAAAGUUUAGUAAAAGGAUGCCAUCAGAACAAAACAUCUAGCAACUGUAAUGGCGCUCUCUUAUUCCUCAGUUCCUAAGAUACUUGGGAAUAAGCUCUAGAAAAUAAACACCAUGAGGGCAGGACUUUGUUUUGUUCAUAUUCUCCCGAGUACCUUUAACUGCUGGCACACAGAAGGCAUUGAGAUAUUUGCUGAAUGAAUACCUGGGCAAGUUUGUUAAGAUAGCUUUGGGUCUCAGUUGUCUACAGAGAGAAAGGGAUUGGCAUGUGGCCACUCUAGUCUUCUUUUUGCGAAGAACAGCUUUCAUCAAAAUAUGCCUCAAAACUGAGAUUCUUCUCUAGUGCAUUUUGGUCAGCUCUAAGGAGUCCUUGGGUGGCAGAUGGUUAAUCCCGCAGCUACUGACCAGAAGGUUGGCGAUUUGAACCCGCCCAGAGAGGCCCAUCGGGAGAAAGGCCACAGCCAUGAAAAGCCUAUGGAGCAGUUCUACUCUGCAUAUAUUGGAUCACCAGGA